GCACUCUGUUUAUCUUCCCCGACAAGUGAUUUUGGGGAUAUUUCUGAUCCCUAACUGCAAUUUACGACAGUGAAUUCGAGGGAAGGCAUGAAACAGAAUGUCUCGAAGGGUUACGCGAUCGACUACCACACAUGAUCGAAACUCACUCACGCUUCCUGUUGAGGUUGUUACAGAGAUACUCUCGAGGUUGCCGUCCAAGUCUAUAGCGAGAUGUCGCUGCGUAUGCAAGCUCUGGUCCUCCGUGAUUCGCAGCCAAGACUUCACAGACUCCUUCUUCACCAGAUCUCUUGCUCGUCCCCCUCGGCUUCUUUUCGCGUGCGAAGAUCACAGCGAGGUACACUUCUUCUCGUCGCCUCAGCCUGAGAAUCCUCCUGAAGACAACUCGCGUGUCGUUGCCACCAAUCAUAUUGCACGUUCCCCACGUUACGAUAAACUAUUCGGUUGUACCAACGGCUUCUUCUGUUAUGGAGCUAAACGGAUCUUGAGGGGGUGGAAUAAACAAUUAUUCUUCACGGUGAUAUGUAACCCCAGCACAGGACAGUCCUUGACCUUACCCAGAUUGAACUCCAAGUUGUGUCAUCGAAUGGAAAGCUAUCUUGGAUAUGACCCCAUUGCAAAACAGUACAAGGUAUUGUCUGUAUGUGAUGGUAGGGAGCCCCAUGUAUGUUAUGGUAAGGAGUUCCAUGUUCUGACAUUAGGAACCAAGAAACCGUCAUGGAGGGCGGUCGAAUGUUGCAUCCCACAUUAUUCUUCUGGUGAGUGGGUAUGCAUCAGUGGCGUCUUGUACUAUAUAGCUUCGGAAAUCAGGUAUUCGGUGGAAUCUAUGGUAGUUUGUUUUGAUUUGAGGACUGAGAAGUUCAGCUCCGUGUGGCUCUAUCGACGUUUCGGUGGAGCUUAUUCAACAAGUCUGACAAACUACAAUGGCAGAUUAGGUUUUCUUAUGUCGUCCGGAGAUUAUGAUUAUGUUAGUGGAGCAUGUAAAAGAUUUGAGCUGUGGGUUCUUGGAGAUGCUGCAAAACAUGAGUGGUUCAAGCAUGUUUACGUAUUACCACCGUUUUGGAAGCAUGUAGUUGAGGAUAGAUACUAUUUUGCUGGAAUGGUUGGUGUAGAUGAAAUCGUCUUGGCACCCAUGUUCCAGUACGUGCCUUCCUAUGUCAUCUACUACAAUGUCAAGAGCAAGACGAUUAGAAAAGUUAGAAUCCAAGGAAUGGAAGCGCUUCAGGGUAAGAGGCUACACACCUAUCUCAACUAUGUUGAGAAUGUGAAGCUUCUUUAAGCAUUUUCAACUGUAGUUUUCAUUUGGAGUGUUUCUUUUUUUCCUUUUAGCGUCUUGGUUUGAAAAUGAACCUCUUGUAGAAGAUUCAACAAGGGGAUGAUAGACAAUCUUCUUGUUACAAAUGCUGUACUAGCACAAGUUUGUUUAAGCUUGCCAGAGAAUGAUGUCUGUCCAGACUCUUGUAGAUGAUAUGAUAAAUCUCCAGGCUCUUGCCAGAGAAUGAUGUCUGUCCAGACUCUUAUAAAUCACAAGUUGUAAAUCUAUUUCUUCUGCUGUUUAA